CAUUAUGCAAUAAAAUUAAUUGAAGCCUUUAUUGCGUUUCUAAAAUUCAAAAGAUCGCGCUUUCAUAGAUUAAUUCUUGUCAUAUUUCAUAGAUGGUGCUAUUUUAUUAAGCCGCGUACACAUCAAAAUAAUAGAAAUAAAUGAAACCAAAUAAAAUCAAAUAUAAAUAAGUUAGAUAUAAUAACUUUAUACCGGUAGUUUGCAUAUAACAUUUUGACAUCUUGUAACAGUAAGGUUAUGCUAAGAAAUAAAAUGUUCAUACAUUUUACAUGAUUUGUUUCAGUAGUAAUAGUUUAAUAUAUAAUAGUUGACAGUGUGUGAUAUAAAAAAAAUUAUAUUUGUGAAAAGUUCUGUGCAUUACUAUGGUGUAUAACCGUGUCGUGUGACGAAACAUAGUUAGGAGAAAAAGGAUCUGGCUUCAGGCCACGAGCAGUGGUUCAAGAUUUUCAGAAGCUCAGGGAAGAAUGUUUGUCAACGGGAACAUUAUUCGAGGAUCCCGAAUUUCCAGCGGACGAUUCAUCGUUAUAUUUUUCAAAAAGGCCCGACAGAUACAUAGAAUGGAAACGACCUAUGGAAAUUGCGGACAACCCUCAACUGUUCGUUGAAGGUUUUUCCCGAUUCGAUGUUCAGCAGGGCGAAUUAGGAGAUUGUUGGCUGCUGGCAGCGGUUGCAAAUCUCACUAUGGAUGCCAAUUUAUUUUUUCAAGUAGUUCCAGAAGAUCAGAGUUUUGAGGAAAAUUAUGCUGGUAUCUUUCAUUUCAGAUUUUGGCAGUACGGUAGAUGGGUAGAUGUGGUUAUCGACGAUAGAUUGCCAACUUAUCGUGGUGAAUUGGUAUAUCUACAUUCAGCUGAAAGCAACGAAUUCUGGAGUGCUUUAUUAGAGAAAGCAUAUGCGAAACUUCAUGGCUCGUACGAAGCAUUGAAAGGUGGAACUACUUGUGAAGCCAUGGAGGACUUUACGGGUGGUGUAACAGAAAUGUAUCAGAUGGAUGAAACACCUCCAAAUCUAUUUAAUAUUCUCUUAAAAGCUUACGAAAGAAACUCGCUGAUGGGCUGUUCAAUAGAGCCUGAUCCAAAUAUAUUGGAAGCUGAAACACCUCAAGGUCUGAUCAGAGGCCAUGCUUACAGUAUUACACGUGUUAAAUAUGUAGAAAUUCAAACGCCUAAUCAGUAUGGAAAAAUACCUUUACUUAGACUUAGAAAUCCAUGGGGUAAUGAAGCAGAAUGGAAUGGUCCAUGGAGUGAUCAGUCUCCAGAAUGGAGAUUUAUUCCUGAUCAUGAGAAAGAAGAAUUAGGUUUGACAUUCGAUAUGGACGGUGAAUUUUGGAUGUCAUAUCAUGACUUUAUCAAAUAUUUUACACAAUUAGAAAUAUGUAACUUAAAUCCAGACUCGUUGAGCGAGGACGAUUUAAAUGCUGGUAAAAAGAGAUGGGAGAUGAGUGUAUUUGAAGGAGAAUGGGUACGUGGUGUUACAGCAGGAGGUUGUAGGAACUUUUUAGAAACUUUUUGGCAUAAUCCACAAUACCGAAUUACAUUGGAAUAUCCUGAUGAAGAUGAUGAUAAGUGUACAGUUAUUGUUGCAUUGAUGCAAAAAAAUAGGCGAGCACAGAGGAGAAUGGGUGCAGAAUGUUUGACAAUUGGAUUUGCGAUAUAUCACUUGGAAUAUCCUGAACGGUUACCUAAACCAUUAGACAUUAAUUUCUUCAAAUAUAAUGCAUCAGUUGCAAGAUCACCAGCAUUUAUAAAUUUACGAGAAGUAACGUGCCGUUUCAAAUUACCACCUGGUGUGUAUUGUAUAGUUCCAAGUACAUUCGAUCCUAACGAAGAAGGUGAAUUUUUGUUAAGAAUCUUCUCUGAAAAUAAAAAUAAUAUGCAAGAAAACGAUGAUGAAGUUGGUGUUGGAGAAGUUGAUGAUAGGAUCAUUAAUCCUAAAAGUGCUGAUGAACACGCUGAUGGAGAUAAGGUUCGAGAUGAACCAGAGCCAGAUCGAAAUGCAGAAAAAGUUCGAGAAUUCUUUAAAAAGCUUGCCGGUGACGAUAUGGAAGUAGAUUGGAUGGAACUGAAGGAAAUUUUAGAUUUUGCGAUGCGAAAAGAACUACCACAGUCGGCUCGUCGUAGUGAAGUUCAUGCCCCUGAAUCUGUACAAGGAAAUGGUUCGUUUAUCGACACUCUCAUCUCACUGCUGUGCGGCAUUCUUUGUAAUAAUGAACAGUACAAUAAGACUGUAGAAACAAAUAAUAAAGGAUUCAGUAAGGAUGUAUGUCGUAGCAUGGUAGCUAUGCUAGAUGUAGAUCAUUCUGGAAAACUCGGAUUUGAAGAAUUUAGACAAUUAUGGACCGAUAUAAAGAAAUGGAGGGCUGUGUUUAAAUUAUAUGACAGAGAUGAAACGGGACAUUUAAGCGCGUUUGAAUUGAGACAAGCAUUAAAUAGCGCGGGUUAUCGGCUCAAUAAUCACAUUCUAAAUAUCUUAGUGCAUCGUUACGGAACAAAAGAUGGUAUGAUCACCUUCGAUGAUUACAUAAUGUGCGCAGUACGACUUAAAACAAUGAUAGAUAUUUUCAGAGAACGCGAUCCAGAUUUAACUAAUACGGCAACAUUCACAAUGGAAGAAUGGAUAGAGAAGACAUUAUAUUCAUAAUGUAAUGCAUUUCAAAAUUAUUGACAAGGAGAGACAAAUAUUUCCAUAUUUUAAGAAAUUUUUCUAAAAUUGAUUUAAUGUAAAAUAAAAAUGCAAGAAACAUGUUAAAU